AAAAAUGUAUGUAAAAUAAAAAAUGUAAUCAUUCCAAAAUAAUUUUGAUAAGUGUAACGCGUAAAGAGUUUGUAUAAAUAGACUAUGUGGCUAAGUGGAGCAACAUUAUCAGAUUUUCAUUCAUCUGAGCAACACCAGCUCCAAGUUCACCAGUCAACUAGUAAAUUGAAUCGAAAUGGCAUUCAAGUUCGUCGCUGUAUUUGCUCUUCUGGCUGUCGCUAGCGCUGGCUUACUACCAGCCGCUCAAGUGUACCAUGCAGCACCCGCCACUCAUGUCAUUAAAGCCGCUCCAGUAGCGUACGCCGCACAGCCCGUGUUCGCCAAGGCCGAUGAAGGGUACGACCCACAUCCUCAGUAUAAAUACAGUUACGAUGUGCAGGAUGCAGUAUCCGGUGAUUCGAAGACCCAAGUAGAGGAGCGUGAUGGUGAUGUGGUUCGCGGCGAAUAUUCACUGAUCGACGCUGAUGGUUACAAACGAACUGUUCAAUACACCUCGGAUCCCGUAAAUGGUUUCAAUGCCGUGGUGAACCGCGAACCUUUGGUAAAAUCAGCUGCUGUUGCCCCGCUUGCCCACUACGCUGCCCCUGCAGUGGUCAAAACUGUAGCUCCUGUCGCCCACUACGCCACCCCUGUCGCUCACGCCUACGCGGCUCCCGCUUAUACCACCUACACUUCCGCCCACCACUAAGCGCCUGAUUUCGUACUUUUCAGUUGAUUGACUGUUUUUGUAGUAUAAUUAAAAUUGUGAUUUUCAAAUAAAAAAUAUGUAAUAAUUAAAA